AGACCCACUCAGGUUGCAGAGAUGAUGUCCAACGUGCACAACCUUCUCCAAGAGGCAUGGCCAGCACGAGCACAUCUUCGGAGUAUCCACACGGCUAUGAUAACCACCGGUUUUAUAAAGGAGUUGAUGGCCUGGCUUUCGAGCCGGGCUCGUCCCCCGAUCUGCUGUGAAUCUAUUAGAAGCACUUGUAGCCUGUGGUCAGUCGUUCAACAUGUUAGACCGUACACAGUCGGCUCCGAAAGAUGCCACGGCACGUCCGUCCGCUAGGUCUGGUAAGGACCUCCCUACCUGGCGGAAGUACUUGAUCCUUUUCGUUGUUAGCUGGAUGACACUAUGCGUCACAUUCUCAAGUACCUCAUUGCUCGUCGCGACACCAGAAAUCUCAGAGGAUCUAUCGACUACCUCGGAGAUCCUGAAUGUAACGAACGCCGGCGUACUCAUCGCAAUGGGAUUAUCUUCGCUGAUUUGGUCACCCCUCAGUGACAUAUUUGGACGGAGGCUGAUUUACAAUAUCGCCAUUUUCUUCCUCUUUGCCCCGUCGAUCGGCACAGCGCUGGCGCCAAACAUGGGGACGUUCACAGCUAUGAGAAUGGUUAGUGGCUUCACGGGGACCUACUUCAUGGUCGCCGGACAGACGGUGAUUGCCGAUAUAUUCGAGCCCGUCGUUAGAGGCAGAGCGACUGGCUUUUUUAUGGUUGGUAGUGUGGCAGGUCCCGCCUUCGGUCCCUGUAUUGGCGGUAUCAUAGUCACAUUCAGUAAUUGGCGAGCAGUCUACUGGCUACAAACAGCAAUGAGCGGCCUCGGCUUCGUGCUUUCGAUUCUGGUUAUUCCCACGAUCAGGAGAGAGACCGACUCAAUCGAAGAUGAGAAGAGGUCCCCAUGGACGGCUUGCACAGUUCUUGAAAGAUUUAAUCCUCUUAGAGUCUUCAAGUUGUUACUUCGACCCAAUAUCCUUCUCGCCGAUCUGACUUGUGGGCUACUUGCCUGCACCCAAUAUGGUUUACUCACAUCAGUGCGACAUGUCAUCAACCCCCGAUUUAAUCUCACCACGCCGCUUGUUAGUGGUCUGAUCUAUAUUGCUCCGGGUGUGGGAUUUUUCGUGGGCAGCGUCGUAGGCGGGCGAUUAUCCGACCGCACCGUCAAGAACUAUAUUGUAAAGCGGGAGGGUACGCGGCUGCCAAAGGACCGACUAAACAGUGGUCUCGGUGGACUUUUUAUCGUGCUCCCGAUAUCAAUGCUUCUUUAUGGCUGGAGUUUGCAGAAGGGUUUUGGUGGUUUGGCUUUGCCCAUUGUGGCAGGCUUUUGGGUCGGUGUGGGACUCAUGGGGACGUUCAAUGCAUUGAACACCUACACUGCAGAGGUUUCGCCAGCCGAAAAGGCCGAGGUGAUAUGUUCAAAAUAUAUCGUGCAAUACAUCUUCGGCGCUGCCUGUACGGCUGCUGUAGUGCCAUUGAUCGACGCCAUCGGCGUCGGUUGGGCGUUCACACUGUUCGUUGCACUGGAUAUCCUUGGAGGCGUACUGGUGCUUUUUGUUGCCCGGCUAGGGCCAAAGACAUGGGUUUGAGUUAGAAAUGCAUGAUACCCAAAUAUAGACUGAGUGAUAUAGACAUGAAUUUACGAC